AUGGCUCACAUUGGUGAAAGAGGAGGCCGCUCCAGAUCCAGCAGAGCCGCUUCCACUCAGACGGCUGGUCAGGAGAGACUCGGUUCUGAUGAUGGCGAUCAGGAUCCGCUGCCAGACCCGACGCAGACACUGAGCCAGGAGCUUCCUGGAUAUUUAGCACCUCUGUCUUCUGUGUUUUCUGUUUCUGUUUCCACAGGUAAGGCUGACAGGAAGAGGAAGAGGCAAAGCGGCAGCCAGAGGAGCCAAGAUGAUGGACGUCCGUCCACUUCAUUUAAAAGACCUGCUAAACGCUCUCGCAGAGAAGCAUAUGCGAAGGGCCCAUUGCUGGGACGAGGCGGAUUCGGCUCUGUGUAUGCUGGGAUCCGCAGGUCUGACAGACUGCCAGUUGCCAUCAAGUACGUCUCUAAAGACAGGACCCAAGAGAGGCUGAAAGUUGAAGGUCAGGGUCUGCUGCCGCUGGAGGUGGCAUUGAUGACCCGGGUCAAUUCAGCUCCUGCCUGCCCCAACGUCCUGCAGCUUGUGGAGUGGUUUGACCGUCGCAGUCGCUACAGCAUGAUCCUGGAACGGCCAGUUCCCUGCCAAGAUCUGCAGAGUUUCUGCGAGGAGAACGGCUGUGUGGAUGAGAGCUUGGCCAAGAAAGUGCUGGUUCAGCUGAUCACCGCUCUGAAACACUGCGAGAGCCGCGGAGUCCUGCACCGGGACGUCAAGCCAGAGAACCUGCUGAUUGCCACAGCGUCCCAUGACAUCAAGCUGCUGGACUUUGGUUGUGGAGACCUGCUAAAGGACUCGGCCUACACAUACUAUGCAGGUAGUCGUGAAUACGCUCCUCCUGAGUGGUUUGAUCAGCACUCCUAUCAUGCAGGACCGGCUACUGUUUGGUCAGUGGGGGUGACGCUCUACAACAUCCUGUGCUUUCCCUUCAGAGCCGCACGGAGGGUCUCCUUCAAAAGCCGACUGCUCUUCCCUAGAGAACUGUCUAUAGAGUGCCGUCAGUUGAUUAGCUGGUGUCUCAGUGACGCGGCAGGAGAUCGUCCCAGUUUAGACGACAUUGAGCGCCAUCCUUGGUUGCACUGAACAGGGUGAGCUGGAGAGACACAGG